AUGGCGAUUCCCUGGAUUUGUGAAAGGCUCAUUGAAACUGAUCCAAACACAAGUGCUCGAUGGGAAGGGUUGGAUACUAAUGCAUAUGAUGCGGACAAUGAACUGUUUCCAUUAGCAUAUGCUAUAGUUAGUGGGGAGACAUAUGAUGAUUGGGCUUGGUUUCUCCAGAACGUCAAAGACAUCACAAGAUCAGUGGAGACAAUGAUAGUUUCAUAUCAGAAUAAUGCCAUUAUAGGUGCUGUGCGAACAAUAUUUGGUGGCGAGAGACAUGCUUUUUGUUAUAGGCAUGUGAAAGAAAAUUUUAGUGCACAUUAUUUAAAAAUUAACCGAGGCAGGGGACGAGUUUCAGGUACUUCAAAGGACGUUGCAUUGAAAAUGCUGGAUGGAAUCGCCUAUGCAAGGAUUGAGGAUGAAUAUGUUGCUGCAAUGGGGAAACUUAGAUCAUUCUGUCCACAAUUAGCUGAUUGGGUUGACACUCAAGGAGAUGUAGAUCGGUGGGCUUUAAGCAAAUUCCCGUUUAAACAAUGGGAUAACAUCACCACUAAUGUUGCGGAGUCGUUUAAUGCCUGGAUUUUGAAGGAGAGGAAGCACAAUGUGUCAGUUCUCAUACAUGAGCAUAUGGAGAAAUUAGCCAAGAAGAUGGUUGCAAACAAAAUGGCAAUGGAAAAUUGGACAAAUGGCGUUGGGCCAAAUAUUGAGUCCAAGUUGUAA